AUGCAGCAAAAUUGUAUACAAAUGAAUGAUUCACUAGAGUUGUACAAGAAUUAUCCUCAAAAAAAUUUGCAAGAAAACUGCAAAAAUCUGCUGGGUUAUGGACCAAACUUUGUUCCAGCAGUUAUUACACGAGCCAAAGGAUCUUUCAUCUAUGCGGGUGAUGAAAAAAUCCUGGAUUUUACUUCCGGUCAGAUGUCUACAUUACUAGGACAUGGUCAGCCUGAAGUUAGUGAGACAAUUGCUCGACAUGCUUAUCAAUUGGACCACUUGUACAGCGGCAUGCUGUCUCCUCCGGUCUUAGAGUUGGCAGAAAAACUCACGGGACUACUGCCUGGAGGGUUAGAAAGGGCCAUGUUCUUGAGCACUGGAUCUGAGGCAAAUGAGGCUGCUAUCAAAUUGGCCAAGACAUAUACCGGUAAGUUUGAGAUUGUGGGAUUAUCGUUGUCUUGGCAUGGGAUGACAGGUGCAUCGAAUGCUACCACUUACCAGGAUGGUCGCAAAAAUCAGGGUCCGAUGAUUCCAGGAAAUUUGGUUUUACCUGCCCCUAAUACGUAUAGAUCUAUUUUCCGCAAACCAGAUGGAUCCUACGAUUGGGAAACAGAGAUGGACUAUGGAUUCGGUUUGAUCGAUGCCGCUUCUGUGGGGUCUUUAGCCGCGGUUAUUGUUGAGCCCGUUUUGAGUUCUGGUGGUAUGCUUGUGCUUCCCGAUGGUUAUUUGAAAAGAUUGAAAAUGCAUUGUGAGAGGAGGGGAAUGCUUUUGAUUGUGGAUGAAGCGCAAACGGCGUUUGGGAGAUGCGGUGCAUUGUUUGGAUUUGAAGCGCAUGGUGUAGUUCCCGACAUCUUGUCCCUGAGUAAAACUCUGGGGAAUGGUAUACCGUUAUCGGCAGUUGUUACUUCGAACAAGAUAGCAGACAAAACUGCUUCUGAACACUUUUUGUUCUAUACUACACAUGUGAACGAUCCUUUACCAUGUGCAGUUGGAUCUAAAGUGAUUGAUAUUGUUAUCCGUGACAAUUUAGUUCAAAACUCUACAAAUAUGGGGGAUCUUUUCAGAUCUGAAAUAGCACUUCUACAAAAGAAAUACGAUCAAAUUGGAGACAUUAGAGGUCGUGGGUUGAUGACUGGAGUUGAAAUUAUUGAUCCAAAAACUAAGGAGGCUGAUGUAAAGUUAGCAGGUCAAUUGGCUGACAAAAUGAUGGAGUUAGGACUUUCUGCAAAUUUGAUACGUGUUCCUGCAUUUGGUGGUGUCUUUAGAAUAGCUCCACCGAUUACCAUUUCACGGGAGGAGAUUAUGCUAGGAGCUUCAAUCUUUGCUCAAAGUUUCAAAGAAGUCCUAGGAUGA